AUGCCCAGCGAGGAGCGGCCCCGGGAGCGGCUGGCUGCCUACGGACCGCGCCACCUGAACAACACCGAGCUGAUUGCGAUCCUGCUGCGGACGGGCUCAGCGGGGGAGAACGUGAUCACGCAGUCGUCCCGGCUGCUGGCGCGCUUCGAUGGACUGCGAGGGCUGGGCAAGGCGAGCUUCGCCGAGCUGUGCGCCGAGCGGGGUCUGAGCGAGGCCAAGACCUGCCAGAUCCUCGCAGCGCUGGAGCUGGGACGACGCUUCGUGUCGCUGGCGCCUGAGGAGCGGCCGACCGUGAAUUGCCCGGAGGACGUGGUCAACCUGCUGUCAGCAGAGAUGUCGGUCCUGGAGCAGGAGCAUCUGCGCGUUCUGCUGCUCAACACCCGCAACGAGGUGAUGGGCAUCGAGGAGAUCUACAUCGGCAACGUCAACAGCUCGGUGGUGCGACCUGCCGAGGUGUUCCGGCCCGGCGUACGCGCCAACUCCACCGCGAUCCUGGCGGUACACAACCACCCGUCGGGAGACCCGACACCCAGCGGCGCCGACGUUUCGAUCACCCGCGACCUGGUGGAGGCGGGCAAGCUGCUGGGAAUGGAGCUGCUCGACCACCUGGUCAUCGGCAGCGGCCAGCGCUUCGUGAGCAUGAAAGAGGCGCGGCUGGGAUUCAGCUAG